AAUAUGCAGCACAUGUUGUUGCGUUUUUGUGCUUACAAAAUUCACACAAAAAACGUAAAUUCGCUCUUUUUAAAUUUUAAAAUGAGAUUUGAAAUUUGACAAGUGUCCUAUGGUUCUAGGGGAUUCUAGUAACUUCCAUGUGAUUUUCUAGAAUUCGUUGAUUUUAAAAUAAAAAGUCAGGUUCACAGCACAGUAAGUAAAAUGCCUCAGCGCAAGAAACCGUUCAGUGGCAAAGCCAAGAAAGAGCAGCUAAAGGCCAAAAAACAGUCCAAACAGAACGCCCCUCAAGAAGGUUUUGGUUCCCGAAACCGGCGGCCUUUGUUGAAGACCAGUGCCGGUGAUAGUGAGGAUCAGCCCCAAAUUCAAAAAUUCAAUUACUGUCCCCCUAAGGACGGGCGAGACCGCAACCGUUAUGCCUUGCAGUUUUACCGCGAGACUCCCUCUGAGCUCAAAGCACGUAAAGAAGAGGCUUGCAAAACCAUAGAACCUGUCUCUGAGAAAGAGCUGGAAAUUGACUCAAAUGACUAUUUUCCCAAAGACUUGGGUUUUCCUCGAAGGCCCCCGUGGUCAUAUGAGCUCACGACUGAACAGCUCGAAGCACGCGAAACCAAAUAUUUUAAUGAUUAUGUUAAUGGAAUCUUGGAAAAGUAUAAUUGGAAAGAGUUAAGUUUCUUUGAACUGAACUUGGAGACGUGGCGGCAGUUGUGGCGGGUUCUCGAAAUGUCAGAUAUUGUUCUGCACAUUGUUGAUAUCAGAUAUCCCGCCCACAUGUUUCCCCCAUCUUUGUACGAAUACGUGACUGAAACAUUGAAGAAAGACUUUAUUUUAGUAUUGAAUAAAAUUGAUUUGGCCCCAGCGCCGUUAGUCGUGGCGUGGAAAAAAUACUUUGAGGAGAAUUACCCCAAUUUGCACAUUUGCAUGUUUACCACACUCCCUGGCUAUAAUCUAGUUGGCACCCAAGUGAAUAGAGCUGGUCUCCAAGUCCGUAAACGCAAAGGCAAGUUCCGAUUGGCUGCAGAAGGGAGUCAACAGUUGUUUGAAGUUUGUAAAACCAUAGUUGGGGAUAAUAUAGACAUAAGUUCUUGGCAAACCAAAAUAAAGGAAGAAAUGAAUUUGGAAUACGAAAACGAUGAAGACGAGAAAGUUGAAAUUGGAGAAACAGUUCAAAUGAAAGCAGUGGACACGAGUUACUUCGAACACGAAAAAUACAAAAACGGUAUUCUCACAAUCGGCUGUUUGGGGCAACCCAACGUCGGCAAAUCGUCACUUAUUAACGCAAUCAUGGGGAAGAAAGUCGUCAGCGUGUCCAGAACUCCAGGCCAUACGAAACACUUCCAAACAAUUUUUUUAACGCCCAAUGUGCGGCUGUGCGACUGUCCUGGUCUAGUCUUUCCGUCGAAAACACCAAAGGUUAUACAGGUUUUGAUGGGGAGUUUCCCCAUCGCCCAACUUAGGGAGCCGUUCACAACGAUAAAGUAUUUAGCGGAACGUAUGGAUCUACCAAAUAUGCUGAGGAUUGAACAUCCAGAAAAUGACGAUACUUGGUGUGCCAUGGACAUUUGUGAUGGCUGGGCCAAAAAACGGGGUUUCCUGACAGCCAAAGCCGCCAGGUUGGACAGCUACAGAGCUGCAAAUGAUUUACUGAGGAUGGCUUUGGACGGGAAAAUUUGCCUGUGUCUCAGGCCACCCAAGUACUCAAAUAAAAAAGAUUAUUGGGCCUCACACCCGGAGAUCGAGAAAGUGAAGUGGAUUCAGGCCAAAUCUGACGAUUCCACUCAGCUCGCAGACGACAAAGACUACCUCUCUGAUGCUUCAGAUGAAGACAACGUCCCGGGCUCCUCCGGUGACCACAAAGACCGAAGCAGUGAAGAAAGCGAAGACGAAGAAACUGACUCAGAUGAAGAGCCGACGAAUUACGCCCACAAUAAAUUUGCAGCGUUGGCAGACGACGAUUGAAACAACCACGAUGUUGUGGGAUUCUUCUCGACUACAGUUUUCGAAUAGUGCGACUCUUGGACCAUCAUUUAGUUUGGAAGUAUUAACGCAUGUUUGUCAUAGAGGUUUAGUGACAGCGAAGAUGCCACAGAACUUGUUAAUUUUCCGAAAUAAUUUUUGUAUAUAUUUGUUGGAUAUUAUGUAGGUACUCACUGUGAUUUAUUUUAUUACAAUUUCUUUUUAAAUAAUGUCACAGUGUGUUGUUACCGUUUAUAUUUCUUCAUAAAUAACUUUUAGUGAGAAAAUGAACUCAAUAAUUAUAGUUUUUUUUUUAAUAAAGUGUUGAAAUGUG